AUGGCCGACCAGACAAUCAACAUCCCGCAGCUGGUCGUCAUUGUCCUGCUCGGUGGCCUCGCGAUCCGCUACCUCUUCUUCUCGGCCGGCCCCAACUCGUCGCAAAGUCGCAGCUCGAACUCCGCGAGCAAUAUCCGCGCCCGGGAAGCAGAUGUCGAGAGAAUACAGCAGAUGUUCCCGCAGGUGUCGAGAAGAAGCAUCAUGUGGGACUUGCAGAGAAACGGGGGGAACGUCGUGGCUACUACGGAGAGGGUCUUGAGCGGCCGGGGUUUAGAAGUGCCUCCGCAAUCAUUCCAGCCCCCGCUGCCUGUUACAGCUUCCUCGGCGACGACAGCUACACCAGCACAAUCGAAGCCGCUCCAGCCGGACCUUAUCACGCGCUACAACCUCAAAGCGAAACUCGCAGAGGAAGCAAGCAAGGCGGAAACUUCAUCUCCAGCGGAGGAAGCAGCUACUUCGACGGGCACGCAAAAGCAGGGCCAGGCCUGGAGUGCGAACAAAGGGGAGAGGCAGGCUCUACUGCAGAGGAGGAGAGAUGAGAUGAUUAUGGCCGCCAGACGAAAGAUGGAGGCUAGUAUGGCGGCUGAAGCUGCGAAGGCAAGUCAAGCGGAAUAA